AUUUAUACCCGGUGCGCGCCUGCGGGCCUCAUCCAGUUUUCCUUCCUGUCUGGCUCAUUGCAACAGAAUGUGGGAUUUGGUGACUCAAUUUUUCAGGCAAUUUUUUUGUGGAGAGAGCGCUACGGCAGUUUCACAGUCAUUCACCUCGGGUUACAAUAAAACCGGGCAAACAGGUUGCGGUACCGCCCUGCGAAACCACUUUAUAAGAAGUGUACCACGGAGUCCGGAAACAACUCUCUAAGUGGAUCAAGCCCAGAACUGCCGAAAAAGAAAAAGCUGCACCUUUCGGCAAAAUGAUGAUGCAGCUGCACGAAACCUCCAACCAGAAGAACUCCCUUUUCAACGCCAUGAACCGUUUCAUCGGCGCCGUCAACAACAUGGACCAGACCGUCAUGGUGCCGAGCCUGCUGCGGGACGUGCCGCUGGACGAGGACAGUGAGAUGAGCUCUCUCAAGUCCGACGUGGACGAGGCGGACAUGUACAGCUACUAUCAGCUGCUCAAGUCCAUCCGCAGAGACAUCGAGUGGGGAGUGCGGUGCGCCACUGCCGACGACAGGCGCAAAGAGAGCAGGACGGUCUCCCGCAGGAACUCUGCCGCAUCCUCGUCGUGUUCCUCGCUGGAAGAGGAGGAAGAGGAGGAUUUGGAGAAGCAGUUCCAGUACCAUCUGACCGGACUCCAGGGAGUACUGGCCAAGCUGACGCAGCAGGCCAACUGUCUGACGAAACGCUACAAACAGGAGGUUGGCAUCGGAGGAUGGGGCCAGUAAAACCAGCACAACCCUGCUGCUCGGUUUUUGGAGUCACUGAACUGGUUUAUGUCUGAAGCUGCUGUUACACAUGAGCCUCUUUGUGAAACAUCAAGAGGCAGCUUGGUGUCGGUCUGACUGUUGAUGUGCUGAUCCCGAAGGAAGCGACUCUGUGUACUUUCCAUUUCCUCAAAAGUAGUGCACCUGUAGUUAACUUGUUUUCAUUAUUGAUUUGUUGUUUAAGCAUGUACAAUAUUAAAAUGCCCAAUUUUUAAAAAAACUCCAAGGAUAUGACUAAAAUAACCAAGCAAAAUGUAUUCAUCAAUCUCAAAUUUAGUCCGUUUAAACCACUUCACCUUUGGUUUUGUAUUAAAAAACUAAUUGCUUCAGUUGGUAACAGUCAAGUAAAUUAAGUUUGUCCAAAUUAAGUUGUCUGCAGAAAUAUUACUUAAAUUAAUUUGGAUCAGCUUAAUUCAUUUGAGUGUUAGUAAUGGAAGUACUUUUUUAAGUUUGUCCAACAAUUCUCUUUUUUUCAGCAAAAAAGUUCAACAUAAUUUCAAAGUGGUUUUAAAAUCAGUUUAAAUUAGACUGUCAAAACAGCUAUCUAACUCAAUUAAUUUAUUUGUCUAAAUUUCAAUUUAGUUCAUUCAGAUUAACUUAAUUCAACUGAGUUUUACAGAUUG